AUGGUUACCUCUCUAAUCGCUUCACGUAAACCAGAAUAUUUUCAUGGAUCAUGUAGUUACUGUAAAAGGAAAGUUGAAUUUCGGAUUCCCACUACACCCAUAAAUAUAGUUAAUGUUGAAUGCUAUUCUUGCAAACAAAAAACCACUUUCGAUAUAAGUUCUGAGUUUACCAACGGGACAACCACAAACUCGAAUAUUGGAAGUGGUUCUAAAAAAUCGAGAAGACUUGGAACAGCUCAAGAACCUUUAGAAACAGAAUAUUACGAAGUGCUUGGAGUAUCACCAACUGCUUCCAGUAGUGAAAUCAAAAAACAAUAUUAUAAACUUGCACUACAAUUCCAUCCAGAUAAAAACAAAGCACCUGACGCAGAACAACGGUUCAAAAAAAUAUCAGAUGCAUAUCAAGUACUGUCUAACCCUGAAUUAAGGAGAAAGUAUAAUGAAUUUGGUAAAAAAAAUGAUAUCGAACCAGAGGGUGGUUUUGUAAAUCCGGAAGAUUUCUUUAAACAACAAUUCGGUGGCGACCGUUUUGUAGAUAUAAUUGGUGAAAUUUCUAUUGGCAGGGACAUGAAAGAAGUUUUACAACAUACAAUUGAUGAGGAAGAUCUUACGGAAGAAGAAAAAGCACAACGAGAAUCAAACAAAGUAAACCAAGAAGACGAGCGCGAAACAAUUCGGCAACAACGUAUCGAUAAGUUGGUGGCAAACUUAAUACACAAAUUAUCUUUGUAUGUUGAAGGAUAUGAAAAUAAUAAUAAUUCUGCUGAAGAAUUCAGAGAUUUAAUUGAAAGUGAAGCAGAUGAACUUAAAGCCGAAUCUUACGGUGUAGAGCUAUUACAUGCGAUCGGAUUUACUUAUUCGCUAAAAGCCAAACAAUAUUUAGGUUCCGAGCAAAUUUUCGGUUUACCACGUUUUGGACAUAUUCUUAGAGAGAAAGGCCAUGUGUUCUCUGAAACAAUUUCAACUUUACGAUCAGCCAUUGAUUUGCAACAAUCUUUUAAGGAAUUGCAGAAAGCUGAACAAGAAGGAUUGGAUGAAUCUGAAAAGACCAAAUUAGAGGAAGCAACAACAGCAAAGGGAUUGACGGCUUUAUGGAAAGGAUCAAAACUAGAAGUAGAAGGUGUUUUAAGAGAAGUAUGUGACCGUGUGUUGUCUGAUCCAUCCGUAUCUAAGAAAGUAGCGCGAAAACGUGCUGAAGGACUAAAAAUUAUAGGUUCAGUAUACGAACAUGUUAAAGGAGAUGAUAACGUUUAG